AUGGACUCACAUGAUGAAAAUAAUUUGAAGAGAUCAAUGGAUGAAAAUGAUGGAGAAUACAAUGACAAUGAUAUUAACGAAAGUAAAUUGCCUGAACAGUCAGAAAAAAAUGACAAUAUUGACAAAAAAAAAAAAAAAAAAGAAACAUCAGAUACACAUUAUGGUGAUUCACCAGAUAGUUCGUUUGAUACUUCAAGACGAAUUGGAGAUUUAAUUAUGGGAAAACCUUUAGAUAAUCCUAUACAAUUACAAUUGAAAUCUACCAAUAAAAAUGCCAAGUCAUCAACGGAAAAAGUUGAAAUCCCCAAAACUGAAGACACAACAACUUGUGAUGGAAAAGAAUCUACAAAAAAAGAAAUAAACAAAACACAAAGUAGUACCAUUCAUAAUAAUGUGAAUGAUAAAAAUUCUUUAAAAAAAAAUAUAGUAAGUUUUGAUGAUGCAAAUAAGAAAAUAUAUAAUGAAAAAAAGGAUACAACAGAAUUGAAGGGAGAGCAAAAAAGUAUGUCUGAUUCAUUUAAGAAAUUCGAUAAUCAGGGGGAAGGUAAAAAUCGAGAAAAUGGUAAUUACAAUCGUAAUAAUAGUGGUACACUUGAUGAAGAUGAAAAGGAAGUAGAACCUACCGAACCCAAACCUAAUGGACCUAAUAAAAUAAAAAAUGUAAAUGAUUUUUUAGCAGAAAAAAAAAACUCAAAAAAAAUUACAGUUUUUGUAGGAGAGAAAGUUCAAAAAGUGAAAGCUGAUUUUAAAUAUGGAGAAGAUGCACCACGAAAUUUAAAUCAGAAGACAGUUUAUGAGUCGGAGAAUACUAUCCAAAGCUGUAUUGAUGAUUCACAAGGAAAUGAAAACAGAGUUAUUGAAAAGAAACAAACAAAAACGGUUUUUGUUGCUCAAAGAUGUGAAAGAAGUAAUGCAGAUGCAAGAGCUGGUGAGAAGCUAGUAAAAAAAUAUCCUGAAAAAACAGUUUUCGAAGGACAGAGAUGCGAAAAAAGUAAUGCAGAUGCAAGAGCUGGUGAGAAGCUAGUAAAAAAAUAUCCUGAAAAAACAGUUUUCGAAGCACAAAGGUGUGAGAAGAGUAAUGCAGAUGCAAGGGCUGGUGAAGCGGCAGUAAAAAGGGUUCCUGAAAAAACAAUCUUUGAAGCACAAAGGUGUGAGAAGAGUAAUGCAGAUGCAAGAGCUGGUGAAGCGGCAGUAAAAAAAUAUCCUGAAAAAACAGUCUUUGAAGCACAAAGGUGUGAGAAGAGUAAUGCAGAUGCAAGGGCUGGAGAAGCGGUAGUAAAAAAAUAUCCUGAAAAAACAGUCUUUGAAGCACAAAGAUGCGAAAAAAGUAAUGCAGAUGCAAGAGCUGGUGAGAAGCUAGUAAAAAAGGCUCCAGAAAAAACAGUCUUUGAAGCACAAAGGUGCCAAAAAAGUAAUGCAGAUGCAAGAGCUGGUGAGAAGCUAGUAAAAAAAUAUCCUGAAAAAACAGUUUUUGAAGCGCAAGUAUGUGAAAGAAGUAAUGCAGAUGCAAGGGCUGGUGAUAAGUUGAAAGAAGUAAGCACUGGAAAGGUCAUAUAUGAAUCUCAAAAGUGUAAUAAAGUAAUAACCGAUUUUAGAGCUACAGACAAAAUAAAAGAAGUUAUGAAAAGGAAUAUGCUUGAUGAAUGUCACAAUAUUUGA